AUGUGGAGGAGUCCUGGAGAUGAUGAAUUCAAAAGACUGGUGCAAACCUUCCCUAAAGAAAAAAGUUGGACAGCAUCCAAUUUUUAUUUCUAUCAAGGUUUUUGGUGCCCAUCAAUUGUUUUAAGAGCUGUGAUUUCUUUUCAGAAACAUUUCCAAGCAUGUGAUUCUGAUAUUAUCGUCUCUACCUUCCCAAAAUGCGGCACUACUUGGCUUAAAGCAUUGACUUUCUCCACUUUGUACCGCAAUCAGUUUGCAUGGGAUGAAAAUCCGUUGCUCACCUUUGGCCCUCACCAACCUGUUCGUUUCUUGGAGUGUGAUAUUUAUUUGAACAACCCUUUUCCGGAUCUUCAAAAUGUUUGUGUUUAUCAACCAAGGCUUCUUUCUACCCACCUCCCUUACGCUUCAUUGCCGACUUCCAUUAAAGAUUCCAACUCUAAGAUUGUUUUCAUAUGUAGAAACCCCUUGGAUAUGUUUAUAUCUCUUUGGUCUUUCCUCUACAAGCUUGGAGACGAAAGCUUAGAGCCACUUUCAGUAGAUGAAGCAUUUGACAAGUUCUACCAUGGAAUCUAUGCGUAUGGACCAUUUUUUGAUCAUGUACUGGGAUAUUGGAAGGCAAGCCAAGAAAACCCCAACAAAAUAUUGUUUUUGAAAUAUGAAGAUCUUAAGGAAGACAUCAACUCCCACUUGAAAAACUUGGCCAUAUUCUUAGGAGUUCCUUUCACGGAUGAUGAAAAGAAACAAGGAGUUGUGGAAGAAAUAGCGAAAAUUUGUAGCUUUGAAAACUUGAAAGAAGUGGAAGUGAACAAGAAAGGGGUACAUAUUUCUGGAAUUCCACACACAGGUUUUUUUAGGAAAGGAAAAGUGGGAGAUUGGAGCAAUUAUCUCACACCUUUCAUGGUUGAACGUUUAGAGAAGCUUAUUCAAGAAAAAAUGGAUAGCUCAGGUUUAUCAUUUAAUUUGUCCUCCAAAACUUCAAAAGAUAUCACUUCUGCAUGA